CUCUGCAAUGCUGGCAGCUGCUCAGGCAGCCUCCACUGCUUCUCUUCUCAGGGCUCAGCUCCUGGGGACAGCACGUCGUGCCAUGGCCACCAGUCUGCUCCGUGUUGCCCCGCCGGAGGAGCUGCUGCGGCCCCUGGCCGUGCCGGAGAGGCUGCUGCUCGGGCCAGGGCCCAGCAAUGUGCCCCCCCGCAUCCAGGCUGCGGGAGGGCGGCAGCUCCUGGGCCACAUGCACCCUGAAGUGCUGCAGGUGAUGGAUGAGAUCAAGGCGGGCAUUCAGUACGCCUUCCAGACACGGAACCGGCUGACCCUGGCCAUCAGUGGCAGUGGCCACUGUGCCAUGGAGGCUGCCCUCUUCAACCUGCUCGAGCAAGGGGACCCCGUGCUGGUGGCCAUCAAUGGCAUCUGGGGACAACGUGCUGCCGACAUUGCCAGGAGGCUAGGAGCGAAUGUCUAUGAGCUGCUGAAGCCCCCGGGCAAGUACUUCACUCCACAAGACAUUGAGCAGGGCCUGGUGCAGCACAAACCUUUGGUGCUUUUCAUCACGCACGGCGAGUCCUCCACGGGGGUGCUGCAGCCACUGGAGGGGCUGGGCAGGCUGUGCCACCGGCAUGGCUGCCUGCUGCUUGUGGACGCAGUGGCAUCGCUUGGGGGAGCCCCCAUCUUCAUGGACCACCAAGAGAUCGAUGUCCUGUACUCGGGGUCCCAGAAAGUCCUCAAUGCACCCCCUGGCAGUGCCCCCAUCUCAUUCAGUGAGCGAGCCAGGGAGAAGCUGCUGAGGAGGAAGACGAAGCCUCCAUCCUUCUAUCUGGACAUGGGCUGGUUGGCAAACUACUGGGGCUGUGACGGGGAGCCGCGGAGGUACCACCACACUGCACCCAUCAACAGCUUCUUCAGCCUGCGGGAAGGCUUGGCCAUGCUGGCAGAGCUGGGUCUGGAGAGCUCGUGGGAGCGACACCGGGCCAACUGCAGCCAGCUGUGCCAGGGGCUGCUCGACAUGGGGCUGCAGCUCUUUGUUGAGGAGGAGAAGGCCAGGCUUCCCACCAUCACCACUGUCAGGGUGCCUGAGGGCUAUGACUGGAAGGACAUCACAGCCUUUCUGAUGGACAAGCAUGGCAUGGAGAUCGCUGGGGGCCUGGGCCCCACGGUGGGCAAGGUCCUGCGCAUUGGCCUCAUGGGCUGCAACUCAACCAGUGGCAACGUGGACCGAGUACUUGGAGCCCUGCAAGAUGCCCUGAAGCGCUGCCACCGCAGCAGGCUGUGAGCUCCCCUGGCUGGGGGGAGGCUGGGGGAGGUGGCCUGGCACUGCCUCGAUUGCCUGGCUGCUGGCAGAAGAGGAUCUCCACUGCCUCCCUGGGAUGCUGGCAGCAGCCACGGCAACACCCAGCAAGCCAAGGCACAGUGGAAAGAAGCUGGGAUAGCAGGGGACAUGGAGGAGAGGGCUGUGCUCAGCAGAUGUGAGACAUGGCUCAGAACCACUUCUCCCAUGGCCCCCCAGCUCUUUCCCUUCCCCUGGCCCCAGGGCAUGGUGACCCUCAGCAAACUGACAGAGGGCUGAGUGCAGGAUCUGACCAUAGGUCCCUUCCCCUCCCAUCACCAACAACCUCUGCUUUCCCUACCCUGUAGUGCAGAAUGCCAGCCAUCCCCCUCCAGAUCCUGCACCAUGAAGCACCCAGGUCCAGCAGGGCGGCCAAGAGGCUGUGUGUGCCCCCAGCUGCAGCAGAUGUGCUCUCUCCCCCAUACCACCCUUCCUCAAUAAAAUGACACAGCAGCACGCU